UUUCAGGAUAAGGUGUACAAAAUGUACGAGGAUAUUAAAUUUGAGCUCACAGUGUGUGCAGGCUUGGAAACAAAGUAUUAAAGGACAGCCAUAGAUAGAGCAGCGGGGACGUGUUUAUGAGGUCUCAGGAAUGAUUUAGGCUGGCCGGUCGGGAGUUAAUGGUCUAAACCAGCCCAGCGAAGUCCUGUUAGCUCACCAGCAGAAUGGAAGCGGCUCCGGGAUAAAGUGAAUCAUGUCUUUGGGUGUUUUCUUGUCACUUUUGCUGCUGGCGCUGUCGUGUGACCGGCAGGUCGCUUCGGGCUCCCAGCUCUUCAGGAACCAGUCUGGUAUCCGGGUCGGAUUAAGUGAACCGUCCUCCUCAGCACUGAUGGCUGAAAACAACAACGAUGAGUGUGACUUGGUGAUGAACUACAGCAUUGCAGAUCGCUGUGCAUUUGUGAAGAAAACACCAGACUGUUCAAUGGAAGAUGGCUUCAUCAAUUACCUUGAACUGGCCUUCUGUCUGCUACCUCCCAACCUCACACCACUCACCAUCAUUCUCUGUAUUAUAUGGCUCUUCUUUUUGUUUGUCAUUCUGGGACUUGCUGCCUCUAAGUUCUUCUGUCCCAACCUGUCAGCCAUCUCUUCCAGUUUGCGCCUCACUCACAACGUGGCUGGUGUGACAUUUCUGGCUCUUGGUAAUGGCGCUCCUGACAUCUUCAGUGCCAUUGCAGCGUUCUCCCACCCACACACUGCUGGAUUGGCUGUGGGAGCCUUAUUUGGAGCUGGUAUAUUUGUUACUACAGUAGUUGCUGGCAGUGUGGCGCUGGUCAAGCCUUUUACUGUAGCCUCUCGUCCAUUUCUGCGUGAUGUCAUCUUCUACAUGGUUGCAGUGUUUUGGACUUUUCUCAUACUGUACAGAGGAACUACAACGCUGGGAGAAAUACUGGGGUACCUUGCCCUCUAUGUGCUGUACGUAGCAAUUGUUCUCAUCAGUGCAUUUAUCUACAAGCGGCAAAAGUAUUCUGACAACACGACUGUGCAGAAUGUUACACAUGUUCCAGCGGACUUUCAUUCAUCUGACUCAUCAGAUGAUGACGUUCCCUCUCUGACAAGUAGAAGUUUCCAUCAGGAAUAUGAAUCAGAGUAUCAACCACUUCUGCCUUACUCUGAGUCCACGAGUCAGAUCCUGCUGAGGUCUCUGAAUCCGGUGGACAACCGUAAGUGGAGGAGGAAAUCAUGGAGGUGGAAAGUCCUUAAAGUACUCAAGACACCUCUGGAGGUGCUGCUGCUGCUCUGUAUCCCCAUAGUCGACCCUGACAAAGAAGACAAAAACUGGAGACGCCCACUAAACUGCCUCCACCUGAUCACUGCUCCUCUGGUGUGUGUGCUCGUCUUCCAGUCUGGAGAGUAUGGAAAUUAUAUGAUUCAGGGGCAGUUUCCCCUCUGGCUGCUGUUUCUUCUGCUGGGACUUCUCCUGUCUGCUAUUGUCUUCUGCUCAACCAGCAAUGACUGUCCUCCCAAAUAUCAUUCACUCUUUGCUCUUUUGGGGUUUGUGGUGAGUGCUGUGUUGAUUAGUGCAGCAGCCUCUGAAGUAGUCAGUCUUCUGCACAUGCUCGGGGUUGUGCUCACUCUGAGUAACACUGUGCUGGGGUUGACUCUGCUGGCCUGGGGAAACAGCAUUGGAGACUGCUUUUCUGACAUCACCCUUGCCCGGCAGGGCUACCCACGGAUGGCUAUAUCUGCUUGCUUUGGAGGCAUCAUUUUCAACAUGCUGUUUGGAGUGGGUUUAGGAUGUCUGGUACAAAUGGUCAAAACACACGCCAAUGUGCAGGUUGAAACAGCAGGUUUGUUGACAUGGAUUCUUGCAGGAUCUGGGUUGUCUUUGGUCCUGUCCUUUGUCAUCGUUCCACUGCGCCAGUUCCACUUGGGUCGGAUUUAUGGGGUCUUUCUCCUCAUCUUUUACGUCAUCUUCCUUAUCAUUGCGCUUCUUACAGAGUUUGGAAAGAUCCACGUUACACAGACCUGACACUGUGGCCAGUCUGAAAAAUGACAGCUUUUUCUACACAUUUAUACACUAUUUUUUUAUUAUUAUUAUUUUUACAAAAAUCAGCUGUAACCUUCGUUCCACUUGCCUACAACCCACAGUCUUCCUGUGGUUGGGUAGU